AUGCCAAAGGACUUCAUCAGCGUGGUACAGGACCUCGAGGACCUCCUGUGCCACCACAUCACCGCCUCCAUCGCCGAGGACUUUGUCGACGAACUCGUCGGCAUCCUCAAGGCCGUCCUCAACAUCGAUCGCAACACCCACUGGAGCAUCCAGUCCUUCCUAUACGAUCUCCGAGACGAAUACUAUCGCCUACACCUCACAUCCGAACAGCCACAGCGUUCCCGCCCCCCAGACGACAUCUGGCCCCGCCUCAACCGCUCCGUCGUCGAGCCCCUGAGCACCAUGCCCAUGACCCACGACAUCGGCCCCGACAUGCCCUCCUUCGCCAUCCGAUACGCAGACCAGGUCUACAACGUCCUCCGCCUCCAGGCAAAGAUGCCCUACAAGCCCUUCAUCGAGGUCCUCACCGAAAAUGGCUUCGUAAAAGGCCCGUCCUCUUCCUCUUCCUCAGCCACUACAAACGCCCGCAAAGCUCAAGACGAGCCAGACGACGCCGUCAUGCACGACUGCGCACCCGUCGACGCCGGCAGCGGCAGCACCGUCGGCGAGCACGCGCAAGAGUACGACGCGGGUCUCCUUUCGAGACUCGCCUUUCUGGAAGACCGCGUUGUCAUCCUCGAGAGGAGGGAGGAGCUGCUCGAGGGCCAGCUCGACCGUGCUACACAAGCCAUGGGGGCUCUGCGUUCUACCAACCUCGACUUGGCCAGGAAGGUGUCCGAGGUGCAGCAGCGAAACCACGACCUGCGCAGGACUUAUGCCGUGUAA